GAGGCUGAGGAUCCGCGAUAAGGUCAACCAGACCGGACUAGCUGAGGACCAUCUCCAAGCCACGUUAGCCCCAACUGGAAACUAGACACCUCGACAGGCCACUUGACCAAGUGGCCACCACCUGAAUCAAGCUAGCCUAACUAAUACAAAACCAAUCUCACUACUGAACUCUGGCGAACGCUCCCACGAACGGCGGAUUCAGCAUGGUGCUACUCGACCCCUCCCGCCCGGAAACGUUUCUAGACGGCUCACAUCGGACAGUGAGCAGGGGCAAUCACAGAAACAGCCAAUGCGCAGCUAUCACCCCCUCUCCUGUGCUGUACUGACCUCGCAGCAUGCAGCAGGCCCGGUCAUCGCUACCUUUCUAGAAGCCGUGGCGAACUUCCAGAUUGGUGGAUGCCUUGCGGUUUACCCCAGGUCCGCCACGAAGUGGAUACGUACCUGCGCACUUUGGCGGAAUUGAUAUCGUCAAUCAUCGGCGGCUUGUCGCAAUUGGCUCCUACAACUCGGUCUGCUAUCUCUUAAAAAGCCUCCUGCAUCUCCACCGAAACGUUCAAUGAUUUAAUGAUCUCCAUCGCCAUGAAACUUGGCUUGGAAGGGUCCGACUGCUGAUCCUAUCUCAUCCUUUCACCUCCAUUGCUCCUACUUCUGUUGUUUUACUACACGCCCUACUUAUACCACCAGAUAUACCUCCACAAUUAUUCAUACCUUGGAUCUCUCCGCCGCCCCGCCCCCUCUCUAUUCUUCUGACAUAAAUGGUUCCCUAGCAACACGUCAAGGACCAACCCCCUCUUGUAGCUAUGACGCGAACCGAACCUACGAAUAGCACGACAUCGUGGGAGACCAAGAGUAUUGCUGCUCUUGACGAUGCCCACCGAAUUGACUCGGUCGGCCAAGAUCCUCGUCCCAGAGGGCGAAUUCGCCGCUCUAUGACUGCGUGCAACACAUGCCGCAAGCUGAAGACUCGGUGUGAUCUGGAUCCCCGGGGACAUGCUUGUCGUCGCUGCCUUUCUCUCAGGCUUGAUUGCGAAUUACCAGAAACGCAGGAUAGAUUCCAGGAUAAUGCGUCCACCUGGUCGGACGCCAAUGCAGCAAUACCUUCCAUCGAGGAGCGGCUUGUUUCCCUAGAGCGCGGGAUGGGUGAGAUGAUACAUUUGAUGCGUCAGAUGAUCAAUCAGCCAUCUACAGUUGCUGGUAGCCCCCAUUCUCAUGCCACACGCAGCGUGGAUGAUGUGGCAUUGGGCGAAAAUUGGCCCGCGCCAUCAUUUACAUUGAAGCCGGUGCAAUUCAUCCGGGACUUACAGAUUGAAUGCUUCAGAGACCAGCUCUCCACCGAGGCAGAUCUGCUGGGUGAUGUUGUGUCUCAAGGAAUAGUUGAUGCAAAGUUGUCCUUGAAACUGAUCGAACUAUUUGUCGAAUAUUUUAGUCCCUGGGUCUCAAUAGAUCUCUCAUCCAGCAUCCAGAGAACAGAUACCCUGCUGUUUAAUACUGCGUGUCUCUUGGCAUCUCGUUAUCUGCCAGGCAUGCCUGCAAAUACGAUCCACGAAAUUUCGAUGCAUGUGCAGCACGGGGUCACCAAAACCCUCUGGAAACAGUCGCCCUUGACAAAUGACCUGCUUCAAGCGUUGGCAUUGCUUUGCCUCUACCCUACUUCCGGGCAUAAAGAAGGCUUCAUGGAUGGGUGGUUGUUGAGCGGGAUCUCGAUUAAUCAUGCCUUAACCACCUUCAAUUUUCUCAGUAACCUUCCUACCAAAAGUGUUUUGACCGAUGAGGUGCUCUCUCAAAUGCGCCUUUGGAAUACCCUCUGUCUCACUCAUUUGCAUUCUGCUCUUGGAUAUGGCCGCUCUGUGAAUGUGCAGCAACAUCACCUUGAUUACUGCACUCGCAUUCUGGACCAUCCGAGGGCCACCCCCGAGGAUGGCAGAAUUGUCGCAGAAAUAAAGCUAUACCAAAUUGCUUUAAAGAUCCAGCACAAUCUCCAGCGCCUCCGAUUCGCUGAAGGCGAAUAUGAGGAGAUUGAACGGUGGAAAAUGGAAUGGGCCCAUCUGAUCGCAAAUGGGGGCCCAUCAACGCUCGAGCUCAGCAUUUGGUUCUGCCAAUUACUUCUUCACAGAACCGCCGCUCGAUUGCAACCAGAAUCCGACAGACUCGUUGCUGAAAUAUGCAGCAAUGCACGUUUGAUAAUCUCUCGCUCCCUUCAAACUCGCUUUUCCGCUGCGCCAGGAUUGAUCGAUAACGUGUACUAUAUCCUUGGAUAUGCUGCUCUCACUCUAUGUGAUUACAAUCCCUCAGAUCCUCAGAUUGACCAAGUGCGGGCCUUCAUGCUCCACCUUGCUCCAAGUAGCGACCACCUGGCCUACAGGAUUGCGUGUAUUGUUGGAGAAGUACAGCGCAGAUAUUCCGAAGCAGCCAGUGCAGAGCAAGCGUCACCAAACGGUGAUGUACUUAAAGGCUCUUUAUUUGUGGUGCCACCAUCGCGAUCGGAGAACCUGGACCUGGCACAACUCAUGCCUGCAUCUGGUAUGGAGUCUCUUGUCGAGGGAUAUGGGUGUUUUGAACAGCUAAUUCCUGCUGGCUACGUGCCUUCGCAACCGGCAUUCUCGGCACCUGCCAUGUUUCAACAUCCUUCAGCGCCAGUCACUGGUGGUGCAAUGCCUAUAAGCCUGGUACCGCGGGCAUUGCACGAUCUAUGAGGGGGUUCAUAUUGGAGUUGCGAGGGACUUUUUUAAUGGUAGUAAUAAUGAACAGGAUGGAAUGACGUGAUAGCGAAUGGAUAUAUGAUUAUCGUGUUUUUAGUUACUCUCGAAAACGCCCCAUGCUUUGCAGGCAGCCUGGAAAAAGCACAUGCGGUCUUUUAUCUUGACACAUACAAUGUGCUAAUGAACCUUGCAUUAAUAACCCA